AUGCUUGCAGUUAAUACUAUUUAAUUUUUGUUGCAGCUCCAGCUAGUGUUCGUUACCUUCACAAUGAUGUGUCAGUACCUGACUUCUCUGACUACCGUCGCCAAGAAGUGUUAGAUAAAACAAAAUCUUCUCAAGAUAGCAGCGAUGCUAGAAAAGGGUUUUCCUAUCUUCUGACUGCAUCAACAUGCAUAGCCACUGCAUAUGCUGCUAAGAAUAUUGUCACCCAGUUUGUUUCCAGCAUGAGUGCUUCUGCUGAUGUGUUAGCUUUGUCAAAAAUUGAGAUAAAGUUGUCUGAUAUUCCAGAAGGCAAGAGUGUGGCUUUCAAAUGGAGAGGGAAACCCCUUUUUGUGCGUCACAGAACCCAGCAGGAGAUUAAUCAGGAAGCUGAAGUACCACUGACUGAACUAAGAGAUCCACAGCAUGAUUUAGACAGAGUAAAAAAACCAGAAUGGAUUAUACUGAUAGGUGUCUGCACUCAUCUUGGAUGUGUACCCAUUGCAAAUGCUGGAGAAUUCGGUGGUUAUUACUGCCCUUGUCAUGGGUCACACUAUGAUGCAUCUGGCAGAAUCCGAAAAGGUCCUGCUCCAGCCAACCUUGAGGUUCCAGAUUAUGAAUUUACUUCUGAUAACGUUGUUAUUGUUGGUUAAAUAACUGGACGAUGAUCUGUUUCAUCUUUUUCUGUAUGAACAUUGUAAAAAAAGGUUAAGAUUCUGGUGUGGUAUAACAUUAAAUUAUCCAAAAAAUGUACCUAACUGUUUAAAGUCACCGUUAUCAAGAAGUAUGCUUAAAUGUUUCCGAAUAAAGAAUCAGACUUGA